GGGGGAAGGGGGCGGGGCUAGCGGCGGGGGGGCGGUGAGCGUCGGGAGCGAGCACGGGCACGGGCGCGAGCACGGUGUCCCCUGCACCAUGAGGACAACAGUGACGCUGUGCCUGGUCCUGGCCCUGGCCGGGGUCGCUGCUGUGGCCGCGCUGCGGUGUCCCGACGGGACGUCCGAGUGUCCCCGCAACGCCACCUGCUGCGUGACGCCCAGCGGCGCCUGGGGGUGCUGCCCCAUGCCACAGGCAUCGUGCUGCGAGGACAAGGUGCACUGCUGUCCCCAUGCCACCACCUGUGACCUGGCCCACGGGCGCUGCCUCUCGCCCCACGGUGACACGCCCUUGAGCACAAAGUUCCCCGCCUGGAAGAGCCAGCGGCGGGCACCGGCCACGCUGCACCAGGUGACGUGCCCCGAUGGCCGCUCGGUGUGCCCGGACGGUGCCACGUGCUGCCGGCUGCCCUCGGCGCAGUACGGCUGCUGUCCCCUGCAGAACGCCGUGUGCUGCAGCGACGGGCAGCACUGCUGUCCCCAAGGCACCACCUGUGACCUGGAGCGCUCCAUGUGCACCUCGGUGCAGGACCCGGCACAGCCGCCGGCACGCGUUGGUGAUGUGAAGUGCGACGACAAGAUGAGCUGUCCCGACGGGAACACGUGCUGCCAGCUGAGCUCGGGCGCCUGGGGGUGCUGCCCCUUGGAGCAGGCCGUGUGCUGCCCAGACCACGAGCACUGCUGCCCCCAGGGCUACACCUGCGACCCCCAGGGGGGCACCUGCCUGCAGGGGGGGGUCCGCCUGCCCUGGCUGAGCAAGACCCCGGCGCGGGGCCGGGGGGGGGACGUGAAGUGCGACGAUGAGACGAGCUGUCCCGACGGGAGCACGUGCUGCCAGCUGAGCUCGGGCGCCUGGGGGUGCUGCCCCUUGGAGCAGGCCGUGUGCUGCCCAGACCACGAGCACUGCUGCCCCCAGGGCUACACCUGCGACCCCCAGGGGGGCACCUGCCUGCGGGGGGGGGUCCGCCUGCCCUGGCUGAGCAAGACCCCGGCGCAGGGCCGGGGGGGGGACGUGAAGUGCGACGACGAGACGAGCUGUCCCGACGGGAGCACGUGCUGCCAGCUGACCUUGGGCACCUGGGCAUGCUGCCCCUUGGAGCAGGCCGUCUGCUGCAAGGACCACCAGCACUGCUGCCCCAGGGGCUACACCUGCAACGUGGCCACCCAGAGCUGCGAGAAGCUGCUGGCAGCCACCCCGCUGCGGUCACCGGCCCCCGCGGGGCCACCGCUGUCCCCACUGCGCCCCGUGGCCACCAUCCCCGGUGACACCGCCCGUGCCUGCCUCCCUGGCCAGCGCUGCUGCCGCAGCACGGACGGCUCCUGGGCACGCUGCCCCUUCGCCCAGGGCUCCUGCUGCGAGGACGGGCGUCGCUGCUGCCCCGCCGGGUACCGCUGCGCCCGGGGGGGGCGCGAGUGCUGGCCCCAGCGCUGGGACGUAGGGGGGGGCAUCUCCAGCAGGACGCUGCUGUGACACCUCCCCCACCCCCACCCCCGGGGCAGGGGACACCGGCUGGAUGGGCCCCGCAAAAUAAAGGGUUUCUAGGAAAA